AUGAUAGUUAUCAAUAAGAGCUUCCUUACUGUGUUCUCCUUAUUCCUUCUUGUUAUCAACUUCACCUUCACCCAUGGCGCUAGGUUUUACGUCACAAACAGAUGCCCCUACACCGUUUGGGCGGCAGCCGUGCCAGGCGGAGGCCAGCAGCUGAACCCCGGCCAGAUGUGGAGCCUUGACGUGGCUGCUGGCACUACCGCUGCUCGCAUAUGGGGCCGAACCAAUUGCAAGUUCGACGGGUCGGGCCGUGGAAGGUGCCAGACCGGCGAUUGUGGAGGUCUUCUUAGAUGCCAAGCCUAUGGGACACCCCCAAACACACUUGCAGAAUUUGCCCUAAACCAAUACAUGAACCUGGACUUCUUUGAUAUCUCACUUAUUGAUGGCUUCAAUGUUCCCAUGGAGUUCAGUCCGACGUCUAAUCGGUGCCGCGGAAUCCGAUUCUUCAAGGAUAAGUGCCCCGAUGCUUAUAGUUACCCUAAGGAUGAUGCUACCAGCACUUUCACUUGCCCAGGAGGAACAACCAACUAUAAGGUUGUCUUUUGCCCUUGA